UGAAAUCCCUACAGUUGUUAGUGAGCUGUUCCGGGAAGUGUCUCAACCUAGAGAGACGUUUUCUAAGUUCAAUAAACUCUACAAUAAAGACCAGUUGAAAAUGGCCGGGACGGCUUCAGUCGCUGGUGAAGUGUUCGUCGAUGCUUUGCCAUAUUUUGACCAAGGUUACGAUGCAGCAGGUGUCCGGGAAGCGGCUGCAGCGUUGGUUGAGGAGGAGACCAGGAGAUACCGACCUACCAAGAACUACCUGAGCUACCUGUCCACCCCUGACUUCUCUACUUUUGAGACAGAAAUCAUGAGGAAUGAAUUUGAGCGACUUGCGGCUCGACAGCCCAUGGAUCUCCUGAGCAUGAAGAGAUAUGAGCUGCCUGCGCCCUCCGCAGGACAGAAGAAUGACAUAACAGCGUGGCAGGAGUGUGUCAACAACUCGAUGGCUCAGCUUGAGCACCAGGCAGUCCGCAUUGAGAACCUGGAGCUCAUGUCACAAUAUGGAACCAACGCAUGGAAAGUCUACAAUGAUAACCUGGCCUUCAUGAUUGAGAUGGCACAAAAGGAACUUCAGAAAUUCAGGAAGCAAAUUCAGGACAUGAACUGGCAGCGUAAGAACGAUCAGUUGGCAGGAGGAGCCAAACUGCGAGAGCUCGAGUCCAACUGGGUGUCUCUGGUCAGCAAGAACUACGAGAUCGAGCGGGCCAUCAUCCAGCUGGAGAACGAAGUCACUCAGCUCAGACAACAGCAGGGGGAUGAGAAUAAGGAGAACAUCCGACAGGACUUCUAGAGUGGCUGUAGCAGCUUUCACCUCCGUCAGUCGCACAGAUUCCCUCUGGUUUUAUGAGGCUCACUGGACUGAGAAGCCAGAGGAGGGAGCGUUACCUGUCCGGAGGAGAUCGAAUGUGAAACCUCACCAUCUAAUAACAUUCAGAAGGAUCUGCCCAGAAACUUAAGUGACAACACACAUUUUACAGACCUCACACUUUGUAUUCCACUUUAAAAACAGUGGUGAAAUAUGGUAUCAUGCAGCUUCACAGAUGUUUAAAGGGAGACUAUGUACAAUCAACACAUUGACCCCCAAUAAAAAACGUUUCUCACGUCACUACACUCUGGUUUUGCUGCUACAGUACAGCCAGUAGCUUAUCGUGGCUAAUGUUAGCGAACUGUAACUUGCAGGAUUUGUCAUUCUUUUCUUUGUGUGUUACUGUUAUGUGUGUCACGUUAAGUGAAAGUUACAUAGUCUCUCUUUAAAAUGUAAUUUAUACAAACAUGCAGGUUUCAUAUAUUGUACAUAGUUUCUGAAUCAAAUCUCCGUGAGCCCCACCUUGACUUCAAUUUAUGUAUUUUUUUAUGCUGUUUAAUAAAGUGAACAUUUCUUAAUA